ACGCGAUAUCUCGAGUCCGCAUUACGUAUACGUAUAAGUGUGGAGAGGUGGUAGCUAUUCACUUUUGUGUAGUUUUGCCAAGUUGCUGUCGAUCCGAAUUAGAGUCGCUACAUGUGUUUUGUUAUACGGGAAAUGUCAAAAGUGGCGUGAACGUUGAUUUUACGAGUGAUCAAGUGGCGGAGCGAGUGGUUUGUUGGUGAAAAGUGAAAAAUGCUGUGUCCGCCGGAGCGGUGGCGCGCGAACGCCGCAUUUUUUAGAUUCCGGUAGACUUCGAAAGUUUAACGCUUAUCUUCUAAUACGAUGCACUUUGUGCAAUAGAUGUGUUUUGUGUUUAGUGCAACACGUUCACUCAUAUUCCGAGGUAGAGUUUGGUGAAAAUGAAAACUACUUGCUCUAGUUUAAUAGAUAGCGCACUAUGGGCCCUCGUCGUGUACCUGCUGCUGCAUCUGCCGACCAUCGAGAUGAGGGUGGAUGACCUGGAGCAGCCCGCGCCGAGGGAGCAACCGCCUAUGGCAUCAACGCAGCGGCCGGAACCCGCUCACCAGCGCUACCUGAAGCUAGGAAAAUGCUUCCACAUGCCGCGCGACGAAUGUCCACCCCCAGGCUCCUGCAAGAAGGUUGGCGACGUGUCCGUCUUCUGCUGUGAUCUGGACAGCGCCCGACUUAAGGACGCACUCAGCGACUCCAUAACCCAGAACACGACGUACCUGCACGUUCUGAACGCGAGUAUCGACGAGCUGGAUCUGUCACAAGCUGUGUUCCGACGCCUGGCCUCCAUGGCGCUCACCGACGGAGACAUCGGCAAGAUCAGCGGCCAGUUCCCCAAGCACUCGCCGAUAGCCUGCCUGAACAUUUCCAGCAACAACCUGACGACGGCCAAGCUGCCGUCGCUGCAGCGGCCCUUCGCCUACCUCUACAACCUGACCGUGCUCGACGCCUCCGCCAACGACCUCACCGAGUUCCCGCUCAGCCUCGUGCACAGCAACAAGAAGAUCUCCGUGGAUCUGUCAGGCAACAACUACCUCCCAUGCAAGCACUUCCAGCGCGCUAUGGACGCCAACAACAGCUCGCUGGUGACGUUCCUGCACUACAACCAGACCUUCUGCGCGCUCGACCUGCAGUUCAACUGGUUCAAGGACGUGCAGGUCGUGCAGAUCGACCACCUCAAGAUACAGAAAGAGCUGAACGCGAACUGCCGCAAGAUCAAGCCAGCCGAGAGCAACUGCAGCUGCGUGUUCGAGCGCCUGGAGCUCAUGGGCGACGAGGUCACCAACCUGGUGGCCGUGGACUGCUCGCAGCGACACCUCACCGAGAUGCCCACGAAUCUGCCGCCCAAUACCGUGAAGCUCAACGUCUCUUAUAACAAUAUAACGUCGCUUCAAGCUGUGGGCGACGACCCGACCUACGAGCACCUGCGCCAGCUGUUCGCCGACUACAAUGACGUCAGCAACAUCAUCGCGCUCGAGGGCACCAAGUUCAUAGACAACUUCAUGCUCUUCUCCAUCGGCCACAACAAGCUCAAGACGAUACACACGUACGUGCUGUCGAAUAGAUUCGGCACGACGGGCCCGAAAUUGUCCAUAGCUGGGAACAAAAUCGUCUGCGACUGCAACGCGGAAAAGAUGAUCAAGCCCUGGCUCCAAGAGAACUUCAAAAACAUCCCCGACUACAAAAACCUAGAGUGCCAAGACAAUCUGGGCCCUGUGGUCGACUUAGUAGAGUCGAAAGUGUGUCACACGCCGCGUGACUGGACGGACUAUAUCUAUUACAUCAUAGGCUUGGAGGUUUUAGUGCUGGUUUUGUUGAUAAGUAAGGUUUCUUACGACUACUGGAUCUUUAAAACAGCUGGAUAUCUGCCUUGGCCAGCCAAUAAGAUGCCAAGGCUGCCGUGUGAUUGGCUGUGCGAGUGAAUCAGUGGUAUUUUGGACCGUAAACAAAUGACUAUUGGUGUGAAUUCACAAGCAUAUCAAAUGUAACAUGUUGACCUUGAGGUGGUUCGUAUUACUGACUCAAUAAGAGCGACUAUUGAAGUGCAAUUAUAACGCUUGAUGUGCAUGUCAAGAUAUAUCUUUUGAGAUGGCUGUUCUGUCUUGGACAGAGGCUAGAUGGAUUUUUUACAUAUUAUACAAAGACGUUUAGUAAACAGGUUAUAACUAUGUACAGCCAGCAUCAAAUAGUUAGUACCAAAGUAGUAAGUAGCUAAAGUAGCAAAAAAGUCCGCAAUACUUCCUUCCUUGUAAUUGGAAUAAGGUUGGGUUAUGGAUUAUCAACUUUUUGUCCACUUUGUGUGUCUCGAACUAUUUGACGCUGACUGUCCCUAUUAUAAAAUAGUUAUUAAGAAAAAUAAAUGUUGAUUGGUACAUAUUUUUAUAUGGGUUAAUUAAUAAGUUAAUUAUUAUAUGUUUUUUAAAAAUUGUAUGUUAGUGGUAGUAGGAAUAAAGCAAAAUACAUACUUAUUUGUUUAAUAACAAAAUGAAUUAUUUGAAUGAAAUAAAUAUAAGAAACUAAGAUCUCUUUCAUAUCGAUUUUGUUAUAAGACUAUGAAUGUUGCAAAUAAAUAAUCAAAAAGUAAUUAAAAAAUAGAAUCUCCAUUUAAUUAUUGUCUCGGUUUGUUUAGAAAUGAGUCUUGAAUUUUGAUAGAAAAACUUUUAUAUUGGGAAUUAUGGUAAUAUUAUUUUAUUAUAGAAAACAUUCUUUUACUUGUAUGAAAUACUGUGUGAGAGGAUGAAUUUAUUCAUUGAGUUUUUCUGGUGUUUUAUUUGGGCAGAAUGUGGUGCUAAUAUUUCAUAUCACUGAAGAAAAAUGUUGAACGACACUUGUCAUAAUAUAUUAUAUAAAUUUUUAACAUUAACUUUUUAGUUAGCACCAUCAAAGCUUAAAAUCUAAUUUAAUCUAGGCUGCUAUGAGGCUGAACUUUAGCUAAAGCUGAUUUAGGUAAUUAAGAAAUUGUACAUAAGUAAAACUUAUAUUUUUCACCGCCAUUUAAAUGUAGUUUCGCGAGAAGUGGUACUAACGACUUGUGACUUGUAUAUUUUAAAGUGAAUUGUCAUUCAUUUGUGCCAAUCCUAAUAAAACUACGCCAACUUAGAUGUCUUAUGCCCGUUUUCACCAUCAAUCCCUAAUUUUUAAGUGACCCCUAUGGUAACACAUAACAGGAAUUUUGUUUUCAAAGGGGGUCACUUAAAAAUUAGGGAUUGAUGGUGAAAAUGGGCAUUAAUCAAUCGUACUUUGAUAAAAUAAGCCUCAGCGCCUUAGCGGUUAAAACGUUGAACCACUAAAGCGCUGAGGGCUGCAAAAUGCCCUAAAAAUCUACUUAGGUAACCCGUUUAAGCUAUAUUAAUGUAUGGCGAUAGGAUAAAUAAUUUUUAAGGACUAAUCUUUACCGACAACGGCACAACAAACAAUAUUAUAUGUAGUUGUAAAGGAUCUAAAGCAACAAAAUGUUUGAUGUGGUGUCGACUGUACACUCAGAUGCAUAAAUAAAACCUAAGUUUAUUUUUUUAUAUAUUUCACAUUAUAUUUUAAUACAUUUUAUGAGGCUUCCAAUAUUUAAAUUCGUGUCUUGACUAAAGUGCCAUACAGAGAACUGGCUGAUUAUUCAAAGAUUUUAAGUUAAGAUGUUGUCCACUUAUUUGUAUAUUUUUAGAUAAAAUUAGGUAUUUUAUAGGUGUUAAAUACAUAUGGGCAAUUUUUUGUAUAUAAUUGAAGAAGACUGUAUAUUUUGUAUGUGUUUUUAAGUGUUGUCAAAUGGGCGAAUUAAAUUAAAAAAUAUAAUA